GUCAAAUACACAUUUUACAAUCCAAGCAUUUGUUUCACCACUGGUAAACAUGUCUCUGACGGAAAAUGAAAUAGAUUGGCAAACACUUCAUAAUCAUAUACAUAAAUUAAUAUGUAGUGUACACUCAAGACAAGAGAUUAAACAGUCUUUAGAGUGUCUUUUCGAGAAGUUUUUACACUCGUCUUCUAAGACUUCAGUUUAUACCUACUACCAAAAAGAAUGUUUCAACUUCAUAGAAAUUGAUACUUCUAUCAGAUAUGCUGUAAUGCAAGUAAGUGACAUAAGCAAUUCAAAAAAAGAAAAGAGAAAAGAAUAUAACCAUAGUAACGCUGAUAGUUUGCUCUUUUAUUAGAUCUAAACUUCAUUUGUGAACGUGUUUUCGCCGUGCUGACAAAUGAUCGCUUAGACAAUGUGGAUUGGCUGCAUAUCUUACAGCUUAUAUCUGUUAUGGUGACGUGUAUUAAAGGUGGUGUAACUGCUAUUAAAUCUAUGAUUCGUCAACUGCUGUUAGCCUUGUUCAAUUGUUCAACUGUCAAGUUCAAUACUACUAAUAAUAAUACAAAUAUUGAAACCUUUGAAUUAGACUAUCUCCGCCUAUUAGAUGAUGCUUUCAAUUAUGAGGAGGAGGAAAAUGUUGGUGAAAAUAGAGGAACUGCUACUUCUUCUGAUGCUGAUACUUCAUCAUCUAUGAAAGAACAUGACAGACAACGUCUUACUGCUGUACUUCUACUGGCUCGUCAAUUAUGCUCUGAGGAUAGUCGACUAACUGGUAUCACUUAUAGCCAAUGGUGGAGUGAAACCUUCUGCAGCCCGCUGCCUUCAUUAUUGUCAUUGACAAACACAUCAUCAUCAUCCUCAGGGUGGUUAGAGAAUCAUCCAUCACUACAGCAGUUUGGUUGUUGCAUCCUUUCAUCUCGGCAUACAGUCUUUUAUUUUACUGACCUGUUGAUUGAUUUGUUACCAUGGGAAAAUGAUGUCAGAUUUCUUCAAGUACAGUUGAAUACAAAGCCGAAUUGGUUUAAUACAACAAGUAAGAGAUCAAUAAAUACUCGAGUGAAGCCAAGUUCUUCUAGUUCUUCUUCUCCCGGAGAUAAUCAUUUAAAGAAUACUGGAUCAGGUGUUCCACAUAAGGAGGAGGAAGAGGAGGAGGGUGCUGAUGACGACAUUGGAAUGAUGUUGAUUCCGGUAGAUAUGCUUUCAGGAGAUACUACUAAUAAUAACAAUAAUAUUGAUUAUAUGGAAGCUUGUAUGAAUCGAUGGAAUGAUUACUGUGAAAUUGGUCGUGGAAGAUUGGCUGAAUUAAGGGAGCACUGUAAUUCAACAAAAGGUGGUGGUGUACUGUUAAUAGAAAGUAAGGCAUUAAACCGCCAAGAGAAUUCACCCACUACUCCUACUACACCUACUCCAGGUUGGUGUGAUGUUCUCAACUGGUUAACUGAGAUUGUAACACAAUGUACAGUCGAUAAUGCUGAUGAACAAACGUCUUCUUCUGCUUCUUCCUCUUCUUCUUGUCGUUUACUAUCAAAGGUGAAUGAAGCUAAUCUGUUUCGUCCACGUUGGCUUCGAUGUACCAUUAUUCCAGCUCUGCUGCAUGCACCUGAAGUAGGCAAUCUGUCAUCAGAAUUAAAAUUAGCUCGUGAACAAUUAUUGAGCGCAAUACGUACUGCAGGAUUAUCACAUUUGCUGGACAAUUCUCCUUCAGAGACUAUCAAUAUGAAUACAGUCGGAAAACGGACAGGCGUUUCAAAGAAACGUCUUGCUAGUAGUAGCAGUACUACUGGUGUCUCGAAGAAAGCAUCGAAUAAAAAAAGAAUUAAAAGCUGAAUCGACAGCUUAAAGUGAUAGCAAUUGGUCUUGGAAAAACCAAGACAGAACAAAUGUAAAUAGUCAAAUUUAGCCUUUCUUUAUGACAGGUGGAGAUACUUCUCAC